UGAGUGCCACUGUCUCUCUUCUCCUCCCUCCCCCUUCACACCCAUUAGAGCAGCCGAGCCCAGUUUAUAGGAACUUCACCCGGCUUCUAAAGAAAGAAAAAAGUCGGACAGCACAGAGGCUUCGACUCCUGUCAAGGACAUUAGGGUCAGAGAAGAGUUUGUGUGAAGACACGUGCCAAACCCAUUGAUGUCUUUUCUGCUAUAAAAGCUGCUGUGUGUGUCUCUCUGAACAGUAAGGCAAGAGGAAGCAGAGCAACAAGACAGGAGCGCUCUUUACAUCUUUCUCUUUUUCUCUCUUUCUCCCUCUGUCUUUCUCUCAGUCCUCCACAGCACAGCAUCAGGAGGACACUGACUCUGGGACAUUUGCUCAAUUUUUUUUCCAGGAUGAAGUUGCUACUCUCAGUAGUGGUGAUAUUUUUUGCUCUAAAUGAAGUAUUUGCAGAGGAAAUGGGUCCAAAUGAAGACCAGGAUUACUGGGCAAACGGCUCUCUAAUGCAGGAUGAAUGGCUUCAAGCCGAUCCCUUCAGAGAGAUACUCAGAAGGAUAACGAGAAAACCUCGGCCACAUCAGUUUAUCGGUCAUGGGAAGCGAUCCUCCGCCAACACACAGAUUACACGAAAAAGGCAUAAAAUUAACUCCUUUGUGGGUCUGAUGGGAAAAAGAAGCCAAGAGGAACCUGAUUUAUAUGAAUGGAGUUUGCUACAGAACUACAAUCAAAGGCGCUGACAAACAGCUCAACCUCCAUCAUGUCUGCUUUUUGCUCAUUGGAGAAACCUCUCCUGUUUUAUUUUUUUGUUUUUUGUUUGUUUUUUUUCCAAAAAAUAAGUGGUUUUACUUCUAGACUCCAAUAAAAUGUUGUUUUCCACCGUGUGGUGAUGUAGCAGUCAGUACCUGUGCUAAUUUGUGUACUAUGAAAGAAAGCGACAUUUUGAUACUGUCCAACCUGUAAUAUUGUGUUACUGUCCUAAAAAGAAAACAAAAAAAAUACCACUAGUGACUAUUUGCACUGCCAGUCUUUGCGUAGAGCCUCAUUUUCAAUGUUCAGUCACACAGUCUGACUGAUCUGUACACACUGGUCAUGUUGGUCAUUGUCAGUAUUUCCUGUCCAUCAUUGUAACUGUGGCUUAAUAUUAUAUUAAAUAUUACAAUUAUUUUCCUUA